UCCGGUCGCCAUCUUGUCGCCUGGUGCUGUGACUGAAGAGGAGGGUUUGUUUGGGAAUAAGUGUGCAUUUCAGGUGUAUUAUUUUUUUUAAAUAAACCUUUUCCCGGUCAAACAGUAUGUCCAAAAGGCAUCGGUUGGAUUUAGGCGACGACUAUUCUUCUAACAAAAAAAGAUCGUCCUCUGACUUGAAAGAUCGAGACCGCGACAGAGAUCGUGACGACCGAUCGAAGGACAGGGAACGCGACAGAGACCGAGAUCGAGACCGGGACAGAGAAAAGGACAUUAAGAUGCCUGGCAUCUCUCUCAAUCCUGUGAUGGCAGUUGGUAGUAUGCCUGCUCUAAGGCAGUCCGUAGUUCAUCAACAGAUUAACCCCUUCACCAAUCUCCCUCACACUCCUCGAUACUAUGAGAUCCUGAAGAAGAGGCUCCAGCUUCCUGUGUGGGAGUAUAAGGAACGGUUUAAUGACAUUCUCACAAGAAAUCAAAGCUUUGUAUUGGUUGGUGAAACAGGUUCUGGAAAAACAACACAGAUUCCCCAGUGGUGUGUCGAUAUGGUCCGUGCCCUUCCUGGACCGAAACGAGGAGUUGCCUGUACCCAGCCCAGAAGAGUGGCUGCAAUGAGCGUGGCCCAGAGAGUCGCAGAUGAAAUGGAUGUGAUGCUGGGCCAGGAAGUUGGAUACUCCAUUCGAUUUGAAGACUGCAGCAGUGCAAAGACUAUAUUAAAAUACAUGACCGAUGGUAUGUUACUCCGAGAAGCAAUGAAUGACCCACUUCUGGAACGUUACGGCGUUAUCAUCCUUGAUGAAGCCCAUGAGCGUACUCUUGCUACAGACAUUUUAAUGGGAGUCUUAAAAGAAGUUGUAAGACAAAGAUCAGAUUUGAAGGUUAUUGUUAUGAGCGCCACAUUGGAUGCUGGGAAAUUUCAGAUUUAUUUUGACAACUGUCCCUUGCUCACCAUUCCCGGUCGUACACACCCUGUGGAAAUCUUCUACACACCAGAACCGGAGCGAGACUAUUUAGAAGCAGCUAUCCGUACUGUAAUACAAAUCCACAUGUGUGAGGAGGAAGAAGGAGAUGUCCUGCUGUUUCUUACAGGACAAGAGGAAAUUGAUGAAGCUUGUAAAAGGAUAAAACGAGAAAUAGAUGACUUGGGACCCGAAGUUGGGGACAUUAAAAUCAUUCCACUGUAUUCCACCCUACCACCACAACAGCAGCAACGAAUCUUUGAACCUCCGCCUCCAAAAAAGCCAAGCGGAGCAAUAGGAAGGAAGGUUGUAGUGUCAACAAAUAUUGCUGAAACUUCCCUGACAAUUGAUGGUGUUGUGUUUGUAAUUGAUCCUGGAUUUGCUAAGCAAAAGGUAUACAAUCCUCGGAUCAGAGUGGAGUCCUUGCUGGUGACGGCGAUUAGCAAAGCAUCUGCCCAGCAGAGAGCUGGCCGUGCUGGCAGGACGCGCCCAGGGAAGUGUUUCCGCUUGUACACCGAGAAAGCCUACAAGACUGAGAUGCAGGAUAACACAUACCCUGAAAUUUUAAGGUCUAACUUGGGCUCUGUUGUGCUACAACUAAAGAAACUUGGGAUUGAUGACUUGGUUCAUUUUGACUUCAUGGACCCACCAGCACCCGAAACUUUGAUGAGAGCCUUGGAACUCUUGAAUUAUCUAGCCGCCUUGAAUGAUGAUGGUGAUCUGACAGAGUUGGGAUCAAUGAUGGCAGAAUUUCCUCUGGAUCCACAGCUGGCCAAGAUGGUCAUUGCGAGUUGUGAAUUUAAUUGUUCCAAUGAGAUCCUCUCUAUUACAGCAAUGCUGUCAGUCCCACAGUGUUUUGUUCGUCCGACGGAGGCUAAGAAAGCUGCUGAUGAGGCCAAGAUGAGGUUUGCGCACAUAGAUGGAGAUCAUUUGACACUACUGAACGUCUACCAUGCUUUCAAACAAAACCAUGAGUCUGUUCAGUGGUGUUACGACAACUUCAUAAACUACAGAUCACUGAUGUCGGCUGACAAUGUACGUCAGCAGCUGUCCAGAAUAAUGGACAGAUUCAACCUGCCUCGCAGAAGCACAGAAUUCACAAGUCGAGAUUACUAUAUCAACAUACGACGGGCAUUGGUGACUGGCUUCUUCAUGCAGGUGGCACACCUGGAGAGGACAGGGCAUUACCUAACAGUGAAGGACAACCAGGUGGUACAGCUUCACCCCUCUACUGUCUUGGAUCACAAACCAGAGUGGGUGCUCUACAAUGAGUUUGUACUCACCACGAAGAACUACAUCCGUACAUGCACUGAUAUAAAACCAGAAUGGUUAGUAAAAAUAGCCCCCCAGUACUAUGACAUGGGCAACUUCCCACAGUGUGAAGCAAAACGACAGUUGGAGCGCAUCAUUGCCAAACUUCAAACCAAGGAAUAUUCCCAGUACUGAACAUGGUUUGGCAGGAAAAAGACAGGCUUCAAUACUAUUGAAUUGGAUCUUCUGAGAUUUACACCAUAAAUGUUUAACAGCCUUUGUUUGGAAAGAUUUUUAAUGUUUUCUUUACAGUUAAGAUUAUUUUUAUAACUUUUAUUUUUCCCUUUUUUGUUCACACAAUAGCAUAGUGUAAAACUUGUCAUUGUUGGCAUAUAUUAAAAAUGAUCGUUUUUAAAGUGAACACUGCAGACUUUCCUUUAAGGUUUUUCGACAGGAAUGCAGUUACUGACCAUGUUAUGCAUGAUCAUUCAUGUUGAUGUUGACAUUCCUUUUAGAAAUCGUGAACUCUUUCAGGAAAUGUACUUAUGUAGACAGUCCUUGUUUCUUCAGUAAAGGAGCUUUGACUUCAAUAAAAAAAAAUCUAUUACUAACA